AUGGGACAGAUGGUACCUGAGUCUUUGGGAAAGUAUGAAGAGGAUGCAGAGAAGAGGGGGAAAAAGCUCGGUGCCCGGUCCCGCGCUGUGCCCGUUCGGCACAAAUCCGGCCCUUACGGCUACACACAAGCUAAGGCCCUGGUCUUCUCCAAGCCAGGAGAGCCGGUUGAUGUGUUGAGCCUGCACACCCACUCCAUCUCCCCCUCCCUCCCCUCCUCCUCUGUCCUCGUCCGCACCCUUGCGGCCCCCGUAAACCCAGCCGAUGUCAACACCAUCCAGGGCACCUACGGCGCUAAGCCCACCUACACCACCGUCCUGGGCACCGCCGACCCCACCUCGGUACCCGGCAACGAGGGCUGCCUCGAGGUCGUCGCCGCCGGCACCAGCGUCCGGAACCUCAAGAAGGGCGACUGGUGCAUCCCCGCCGCCACUGGCUUCGGCACCUGGCGCACACACGCCCAGGUCGACGACGCCGACACCACCCUGCUCCGCGUCGACCGCGCCGGCCUUAACCCCACCCAGGUCGCCACCGUCUCCGUCAACCCCUGCAGCGCCUACCGCAUGCUGCGCGACUAUGUCGACCUGAUCGGCCUCUCUGUGCGUGCCUUUCAGCGCGACGCCGGCGCCGAGGGCGGUGCCUGGUUCGUCCAGAACGGCGCCAACAGCGGUGUCGGCCGCGCCGCCAUCCAGCUCGGCAAGCUGUGGGGUCUGCGGAGCAUCAACGUCAUCCGCGAGCGCGAGGGUGACCCUGCUGCCACAGAGGCCCUCCGCCAGGAACUGCUCGACCUCGGCGCCACCGUCGUCGUCACCGAGGCCGAGUUCACCGACCGGUCCUUUGCGGCGCGGCUAAAGGACGAGAUCACGCGCAAGGGCAGGGACCCCGUCAUGCUGGGGCUGAACUGCGUCGGCGGUAAGAGCGCCACCGCCGUGGCCAAGUGUCUGGGCGAGGGCGGCACCAUGGUCACGUACGGCGCCAUGUCGAAGCAGCCCGUCAUGCUGCCGACGGGCCUGUUGAUCUUCAAGGAUUUGCGGUUCAACGGCUUCUGGCUGAGCCGCUGGGCGAAUGAGGACCGCGAGGGCAAGAAGCAGACCGUGAACGAGAUUCUGAGCUUGAUUCGUGACGGCAAGUUCAAGGAUGCGCCCGUGGACGAGGUGAAGUGGGACUGGGACACCGAGGCCCAUGUAUUGAGGGAGGCGGUGCAGGGCACGCUCGGUGGGUUCAGGGCCGGCAAGGGCAUCUUCGUGUUCGGUGAUACAUAG